AAUUUAAACGCUUCUAUAUCAACCUUAUUACUUACUUUACUAUUUCAAAUAUUUUUAUGACUUUUUAAAAUAAAUCAAAAAAUGUUAAAAUUAACGUUUAAAAAUUCAAAAUCACUUUCAAUUAAUUGGUGCAAUUUAAAAACAGUUGAAAUUAUUCAAUGGUCGAAAAAUUAAUUACAGGAUUAGCUCAAUCUCUUGUAGAAAGCGCUGUUGAAAUAAAAGCGUAAACAAACACUAAAAAAUAAAUAAUACGAAAAAGAUAUUUUCAUUAAUUUUGUGGCUUAUUUGAUAAUUUGAUUAAUUGUAAAGAUAGUAUUUUUGUGCCAGAUAGCAGUAGAAGUUAGCUUUUAUGCUGUGAUCCUAUUUGUGUAUAGCAAAUUUAUAUCGGAGAAAUGGAGACUAGAACAUUCAGUUCAAUAGAAGAGGAAUGCCAUUAUUGGAAAGAACUGUCAAAAUUAUACAGAAAAGAAAAGCUAGACUGUCAAAAAGAAUUUGAAGAUUUUACAGAGGAAUCGAGACAGUUGGAGCAGGAACUUGAGACGACAUUAAUACAAAAUGAGAAGCAACUUCGCGAUGCAAAUCAGACAAUCGAUAUUUUAAGGGAUGAAAAUCAAUCAUUAAGACAAAGACUCAUAUCAUAUGAACGAGAUGCUACAGCAUACGAGACAAAAUUAAAUAAACUCCUUGCAGAACGUGACUCAUUAAAAAAUUACAUCCGUGAACUUGAGCAGAAAAAUGACGACCUCGAAAGAACUAAUCGUGUUGUAAGCGAGAGUGUUGCUGGUUUUGAAGCAAUGCUGAAUCAAGCUUAUGAGAAAAAUGCAAUGCUUGAAAUGGAGAUUGAUGAAAAGGAACAAUUACAAAUAAAUUUGCAACGAUUAAUGGAUGAAGCAAGAGAUCUCAAACAAGAGCUUAAAAUACGAAAUAUUUCAUUACCAACAAAGCUUAAUAAUGAAGUAAUUGACAAAAACAAAAGUAUGACAGCUUCAAAGAGUAAUGUGACAGUGGAGACAAGUGUUAGUAAAAUGAACGACAUAAAUGAUAGUAGAAAUAAUAAUAGUUUAUCAUUAAAUGCAUCAAUGGAUAAAACUACUUCAACAUUUAACAAUACUAGCAUGAUGGACACAACGAUUCAUAACAUGAGCUGUGGAACAACGACGACGACUGAAUCAUUAUCACCGAAAUCUCAAAUCGAUUCAGGAAUUAAUAAAUCGACACAGAAUUCUGUUCUGAAGUGUAAGUUUCUCAAGCUACUAACAUGUUGGAAGUGCUGACGCUUUAUUUACUGCUCUUGAUCAAUCAAUUUCGCUUAAAAGAACAAUUAUGUGGCUCACAAAUCUUAAUUAUGUGUUUUAUGCUUACUGAAUUAAUGUUUAUUGUGUAAUAUUAACGAAUAGAGUUUAAAAAUUUU